AUGAAUUCAUCAUCCAAGUCUAAGAGCAAGAAGAAGCAGGCACAAGCACAAGACGCUGCUACAUCAACAACAGGAGGCGGCAGCACAAAGUUCUUGGGAGUAAGAAGGCGGCCGUGGGGAAGAUACGCAGCAGAAAUAAGAGACCCUUCAACAAAAGAAAGGCAUUGGCUUGGAACUUUUGACACUGCUGAAGAAGCCGCUUUGUCUUACGACAGAGCCGCCCGUUCCAUGCGUGGCCCUCGAGCUCGCACUAAUUUUGUUUACUCCGACAUGCCCGCUGGCUCUUCUGUUACCUCCAUAAUUUCCCCGGAUGAACAACAACACAGUAACUUCUCUUCUUCUCUCCAUCUCCCUCAAACCCACCACCAAAAUCUUCAAACCAUCUUCAACCAUGAUUCAAACUUCGACUCCCAUUUCUCUUCCGGGCCGCAACCCAUGCCUCACGAUCAUCACACUGACUUGUAUAACAACUAUCAGCAACCAGUCAUUGACAACACUUUCAGUUCUCAUGAGCCUCCACCAUUGCCUACUGAAAUAUCAGAUUACAGCUACGGUGAUUCUGAUUCCAAUAUCGCCAUGAAUUCUUGCUAUGAUUUUAGUAGUAAUUUGAUGGGGUUCUCUGAUCAUCAGACAACAUUUGCCAAUGGGUUUGAUGAUACGAUGGGAAGUGGAAGUGGGUCAUAUAUUGGGUUUGAUUCAAGUGAUCAGUAUGUGCACAGCCCGCUUUUCAGUAGCAUGCCACCGGCUUCUGAUACGGCUCCAGAUAGUUUCCAUUUAGGAUCGUCUUCUUUUUUCUUUUAA